AGUCAUUCUGCGCCGGCCGGCCGUCGCGGUUGCCAUAGUGACAGAAGCGUGUUUGUGUCCGCGUGUCCCGAGGUCAGAUAUCAUUCGACGUAUCUACCCGAAUAUAAAGACUCUGAGCUCCACAGCUGUCCAAAGGCGUGCCGUCUCGCCGAGGUGUCGUUCAGCGCCCACUCGCGCCUGGACCAGGAAGUGAACUAAGUGAUCUCGGUGUUAAACAAAGUGUCCGUCUCGGAGGUUACUGCGAGAUUAGCGCGCCGUGGCAGCGGAGACCAGCGCUGCACCCUUGUGUGGCCGUGAUGGCGCAGAGCCAUGUGGCCGCAGCGGGGACUCUACCACGUCACGCCGCCCAAGGACAAGACGCCGGUGACGCUGUGCAGCAUGGGUGUGGGGGCGACGUUCGGCGAGUCUGUGCUGUGGGACGCACCUCGGGAGGCCACCGUGGUGACGCGCUCCACCUGCGAGCUGCUCAGAGUAGAGCAGCGCGACUUCAGGCUCAUAUGGGAGAAGAACAAGGAUUUGAUGGGAGACCUUGUAAACAGCAAUAAAUUGAAAAAUGGGUUCGGGCCGGGCAUCAGCAAGACGCCUCCCCCGCAGCCGCAGUCGCCGCCCCCGGCCGCCUCCCGCCGCCCCCAGAGCCCUCCUGCUCCUAACGCCAGCGGCCCCAUCACAGAGUCGCCGGGGCCGACCAUGUCUCGCGCGGGCUGGACCCUGCGCACGCUGCUGCUGGCGCGCGGCGCGGGCGUGCUGCGGGACCACAAGGCGGGCGGCGGGCGCGUGGCCCGGCGCGCCGCCCUCGGCUCCGACCUGGUCGACUGGCUGCUCGGCCUCUCGCCGCAGGUGCACUCGCGCGCCCAGGCCGUCGGCAUGUGGCAGGCGCUGCUCGAGGAGGGCGUCGUCGCGCACGUGAGCUGCGAACAGCCGUUCAAAGACAAGAACCUGCUGUACCAGUUCUGGCAGGACAUGGAGGGCGCUAUGGCGAUGCCCACAGAGGACGACGUCGCACAGGCCGAGGACCAGCUCAGCUCCAGCCUCAACUCGCUCAUCCAGCGCGGGCCCGACGCCACCAUGCGAAUGAUCCUGCGCAAGCCGAGUCACGAGCGCACACCUGAGGACCUGGAGAUAAUCUACGAGGAGCUGCUGCACAUAAAGGCGCUGUCGCACUUGUCCAACUCGGUGAAACGGGAGCUGGCCUCCGUCAUCGUGUUCGAGGCACACCCCAGGGCCGGGACUGUGCUGUUCAACCAGGGCGAUGAAGGACGGUCUUGGUAUAUCAUACUCAGGGGUUCAGUGGACGUCGUCAUACAUGGCAAAGGAACUGUGACGACGUUGCAAGAGGGUGAUGACUUCGGAAAGCUUGCACUCAUUAAUGAUGCUCCAAGGGCAGCGACAAUCGUGUUACGAGAAAACAACUGCCAUUUUCUGCGUGUCGACAAGCACGAUUUUGACCGCAUUCUCCGAGGGGUGGAAGCAAACACGGUGCGACUCAAAGAGCACGGGCACGAUGUCCUCAUACUCGAGAAGAUCUCACCAGCCCGUGGCUCCGUCUCUUCGCAUUUCAAGUACACUGUGAUGGCGGGUACUCCACAGAAAAUGCUGGAGCACCUGCUCGAGACGCGUCUAGAUGGACGUGGCUGUGGAGGAACAGUAGGUGGCCGGGAUGUCGCACCUCAUCCGUCAAGUGACCCUUUCCUGGAAGACUUCCUGCUGACUCACAUUGUGUUCAUGCCUACACAUCAGCUGGUGACAGAGCUUUCCAGACAUUAUCGUAUAGAUUCUCCAAGCCAAGAUCGUGAUUUCUUAUUGGCAUGUAAGAGAAGAGUUGUGCAAUUUGUACAUAGGUGGGUGCUUACAAUCAGACACCCAGUUUUUGAUGAUCCAAGCUCUCUUGAGUUCCUUGAGGAAAUGGCAAGUGAACUGGAAGUAGACUGCAUGCAAUGGAAUUCCUUACAGGAAGAAGCCAGUCUCAUGCACCAUGUUAUGUCUCAGUUGAGACGUUACCAAGAUGAACGUUCUCUCAAUGCAGGACAGAAAUGGAAACUGCCACCAUGUGGCCAACCAAUCAGCCUGUUCACCGGAACCAGUGAAGGAAGAACUGUUAUCAGACCUGAUGAUGAUAUUAUCUUCAGAGUAUACUGUGCAGACCACACGUAUUGUACUCUGAGGUUUCCUGUAUGUACUACAGCUGAAACCAUAAAAUUAUGUGCUGCAGACAAGUUAAAAAUCAGGCAUGAUGACCUUGUUCUUGUUGAAGUGAAGUCAUCUGGGGAGAGAGUUAUUUUUCGUGAUAAUGACAUCAGUAUACCAACAGGCUUAAGCCUCAAUGGGAGAAUUUUUGUUUCGCCUAAGGAUCACAUCGAUGCUUUGACAUGCUUAGCAGAACAGGAAAGUCAUACAGAGGGAAUGGAUGUAGACUUGGAAUUGUUCAGUACAAAAGAACUUGCCUAUCACAUGACACUCUUCGACUGGGAUCUAUUUUGGUGUGUCCAUGAGUAUGAACUGAUAUACCACACCUUUGGCCGACAUCAUUUUGGCCAAAUAACUGCAAAUUUAGAUGUCUUCUUGCGCCGUUUCAACGAAAUUCAGUUUUGGGUUGUGACAGAACUGUGUCUCACCCAGUCUCUUGGCAAGAGGGUGCAAAUUCUCCGAAAAUUUAUAAAACUUGCUGCCUACUGCAAGGAGUAUCAAAACAUCAAUGCAUUUUUUGCAAUAGUUAUGGGUCUCAGUAAUGUAGCAGUUAGCAGGCUAUCUCUAACGUGGGAAAAACUCCCUUCAAAGUUCCGUAAACUGUACACUGAAUUUGAAGGUUUGAUAGAUCCAAGCAGAAACCACAGGACAUACAGGAUAGCUGUGGGAAAAAUGCAGCCUCCAAUGAUUCCCUUCAUGCCACUUCUUUUAAAAGACAUGACAUUCACGCAUGAAGGGAACAAAACCUGCCUGGAUGGCUUGGUGAAUUUUGAGAAGAUGCAUAUGCUGGCACAAACAAUGCGAACAAUUAGAUAUUGUCGUAGCAGACGUAUAGUUCUAGAACCACCAUCUCCGAAAAGUGAAGCAGAGGUACGAUCGUACAUCAGUUGCUUGAGGACAAUAGAUAACCAGAGAGUUCUAACAAGCUUGUCUCAGAAGCUUGAACCAAGAAGAUCUUAGUAAAUUAGAAACCAAAUCUGUUGGUAUGAAACUUAUAACACCAAAGACAUUAUGGUCCUGUGGACAUGUACUUUCCAAAGAACUGAUUAAAACUAUCCUAGAGCUUUCCAGAAAUACUUCAGUGUAUCAUUUGUAAAUGUUUACAUAAAUCUAGUCACAAAUGACUGAAUUUUAUUUAUAUGCAUGUAAAUUUUGUAACAAAAGAUACACUAAUUUAUAUAACAAAAUAUCUAAUAUUAACAAUUAUUCUUUUAAUUGUAAUUUCUCUGUAUGCACAUUACUAAAGUAAAAUGAAAAGCAUUCAGAAAUGCAGAUAAUUUUCAGGGGACAUUUACUUGUACAGUGCAUUUUUUUGGCACUAUGUACUUGCCCAUCAAGAAGCAAUAUUUUAACAAUAAUCAUUGUUGAAUGUGAGUGAAAUUUUUAUCCAAGCCUACUACCCAACAAUCAGCAUCAGAUUUUAUAAAAUUAAAUGUUUUAAAAGUAUUUAAUUUUUGUUUGUGUGUACAAUAAGACAAUCUCUCUCUCUCUCUCUCUCUCUCUCUCUCUCUCUCUCUCUCUCUCUCAGUUAUGAACUAUUAUUUGCCACUCUGUAGAUAACAUUCUAUUUACGGUUAACAAUUUGUUAUUUCCUAUGCAUGUGCUCUUAUUUUUUAUCAGCAUUACUUAAAUUUAUCUUCAUGCUUGAUACACUACAGCAGAUGACCAAUAUGUAUUUCACUAUGAAAGAGUCUAUUGGUUUUUACAAAUAUUUUGUAAAUAUGAUGUCAGGAUAUAUGUGAUUCAUGCUCCAGUAGUUGCCACUUGGCUGAAUAGCAUGCCACAGUCAAUAAAAGACUAAUACAAAUAUGAUAUAUGAAAUGGUUUCUUCACAUUGCAUAGGAAGUAAUAAUUGUAGCUAUUUAUCAAUUGUUGAAAUUUUAAAUUAGAAAAUCAGGUCUUUCACUACUGCAGGACACCAGAAAGCCAUUCUGGCUUUACUGAGGAACUAUUUUAUUACUACUUAAUGAAAAAAUUAUGAAUGCCUCUUCAUAAAGAGAUGCUUAAAUUCUAAAUGACUGAUGUUUAGUUUUUAUUUUAGAAGAUGUUUUUAUUAAAUUAUUUUUAUUACUUGUUUAUGAUAACAUAUUGUUAAUCUGGGCAGAACUAAUCAUUACUGUUACUAAUACAGUCAAAUCUUAAAGUGUGAACACUGCUGAAACAUUAUAUUAUAACAUUUAUGAAUUUCCCAGCAACAAAAAUAAUGCUAGUGUCAUAAAUGUAGUAUCUGACAAUCAACCUUAAUUAGAAAAAGUGUGUAUGCUUUGUUAGUUAAAUUUUUAGUAUUAUUUUAAUUACAGCAAGAAAGAUACCGAAAAGAAUCUCUCCAGUGUGUAACGUGACCAUUCAAAUGCAAAACUGAUUAUUUCUGCUAAAUGCCAUACAACAUACUUGGUUUGUCAAGUACAAAUGCCUUUUACUGAAAUACAGUACCAUUCCCCCUUUUUUUCUCUAUAAUUAAUAAACAAGCUGAGACCAUUACCAGUAUUUCUUCAAAUUGUAUUUAUAAAAGUACAUAAUGUUGCAACAUUUUCAUUAUGCUACAUGAUGAUCUUUAAUCAUGGCACUUAAAUAAAAUUCCAAGUAUCAGCUGACACAUUUCAUAUGUCAUAAAAAAAUCAGAUGAUAUUAUGUACCAAUAUAUCAUGAAUCCACUGAUUUUGUAUCUUCCUGUCCUCUCUCUCUCUCUCUCUCUCUCUCUCUCUCUCUCUCUCUCUCUCUCUCUCUCUCUCUCUCUCUCAAGUUUCAAAUAGCAUGAUACUACAUCAGUAUCAGUUUAACAAAACAUUGUGACAAUACCUUACUAGAAAAACAGUCAGUUCCCAUUUAAAGUAGUUCCGCAUGGCUGGCUUAUACCCACAAGAGAGUAUUAUGUGAGAGUCAUAGUGAGAACCUAGUUUGCAUAAGAAUAAUGGUUAAUGUCUCUACUGUCUCCCUUUGGUCAAAUGUACAGUGACAGAGUCUAUCGGAAGGAACUAAAUCGAAACAUUUCCAAGUAGUUCACUGUACAGACAGAGUGCUGUUGCCAUUUUUUGUUACUGUGUUCAUUAAUACGAAACAUCAUCCCUACACACUGUGCUGUUACUGUAACCGAAAUAAUUCAAACUCAGACUGAAAUGCUUUGAAAUCUCUACACUCCCACCACAAAGUUGAUAGGUUAGGAUCAGGGUACAGAUGGAUGAAAAGUCCAGACACGUGUACUACUAUACGUGACUGGCUGUCUGCAUAGAGUACAGAUUUUGCAUAUGUUUUAAUUUUGAAAAUACUGUUAAUGUACAAAAUCUAUUAAAAGUAAUUUAAUACAUCAAACAGCUUUCUCAGAUGACAUGCUAGUGAUAAGUUCCCACUUCUCAACAUAAUUCUAUUUAAUAACAAACUUGGUUUAGCAACAAAAUGUAUUGUGCGCUAUCUACAUAGCCACAGUUUUAUUUUCUUCACCAAUGACUUCUCACAACACAGUACCUCAUCAUGUGUUCUAAGUUGUCCCCCACUUUACAUUCUUUUUGUGCUGUUAUAUAUGCUUCAGAAUACGUUGCCACACCAACUGUGCCAUUUGUGUCACUGCAUAUAACAUAGCCAGAAAACUGAUGGUAUCAAAAGUGGAUAAAGGGAACUAACCAGUGUUACUCGAAAUGUCAGAACUUAAAAAUUUACUGUAUCCAAUAUGAACUGCAAAUAUGAUUUAAUCUUUGUUCUAAUCCAGUAAGAAAUCAGUUCUUCACGAAUUGUAAGUGUAAAAGUAUCCUUUGAAUAUUUCAAUGAGUGCAAUCAUUUAUUAGCCAGUAAAUACUAUUUUUGAAAUUUUUUUCAGAAACUGAAAACUGUGUUAUGUUGGUUUUGAAUGCCUAUCUAGAAAUUAUGACUUUAGCAAAUCAAUUGUAUUUUUGUUCCUUCUGACAACUAGUAUCACUAUCAAUGAUUAGUGUCUUUUAUGAAAGAGUCAAAUCAGUUACCAAUGAGGAUAUUUCAUUCAAGAAUGGAAUUUUGUUUUGAGCACUCACAGAUGAUUUAAAAUUGCACUGUUCAUACAACACACACACAAAGAAUUUUUCGAUCUUCGGUAGAGUGUGCACUGAUUUGAAACUUCGUGGCAAGUUUCAAAGGGCGUGACACACUGGGGCUUGAACCUGGUGCCUUUGCCUUUCACAGAUGAGUGCUUUGUUGACUGAGCUAUCCAAAGACAACUCCAGACCUGCCCUCACAGCUUUACUCCCACCACUAUCUCAUCUCCUACCUUUUAAACUACAAAGAAGUUCUCCUUCAUACCUAGCAGGACUAGCACUAAUGGAAUAAAGGAUACUGCAGCCACAGCCUGGGGGUUGUUUCCAGAAAGGCAAAGGUCCCAGAUUUGAGUCCCAGUCCAGCGCACAGUUUUAAUCUAAGAGGAAGUCUCACAGGCACAUUGUCACCUUUGUUCAGUGCAUAGUGAUCUGUUUUCAUAUAUACAUUAUAUUCGAUUUCUACCCCAAAAGCUGAGUGGUCAGCAUGACAGGUUGCCGUCCUAUAGGCCCGAGUUUGAUUCCCGGCUGGAUCGGGGAUUUUUUCUGCUCAGGGAUUGGGUGCUGUGCUGCCUUCAUCAUCAUUUCAUCCCCAUCUGGCACGCAGGUCGCCCGAUGUGACAUUGAAUAUAAUGAGACCUGCACCAAGGCAACCGGACCUGCCACGCAACGGGCCUCCCGUCCAAUGACAUCAAACACUCAUUCCCCCCCCCCCCCCUUUUUUUUUAAAUUAUGGAUCUUCCUCCAAAUUGUUAUUACUGUCAAUAAACACAUAAUAAAUCAUAUCUGUAGUCUUUAAACAGAGAGACAGGAAGAAAAACACACACCGGCAACCAGCAAAAGUUAAAUUAAUGGAAAAUGACUUUAAUGAUAACUAAUCCAGUUUUGUUAUAUUUCCCCAACCUGUCUUCUUGGGUGACUUUUAAUGUAUGUUUGCUUGUUUUUCUGUUAGCAACAUUUCAUUUUAUCCAUUUACAUACCUAACUGCUGUGUCUUUAUUAUAUUCUGAAGGAAAAUCAAACUUACAUUCCCUAUAUUUGUAUAGUGCUGAUAUGUGGGAUACCCAUUUGGAUUUACAUUUGUCUAGUUUAAAUUUCCUCCUAUGCUGGAGUUUGUCUGUUGCUGAAAACAACUCUUUUUGCUAAUAAAAGCAUAGGCAUUUAAAAUGUUAAUUGAAUCUGUAGAAACCAUCAUUCUUCAAUAAGACUGUGCACCACAGUUUCCCUGUAUCAUCAUCAAGAAUAACAUUUCCUUAUGGAGCUCUUGUUCAGUUCACAAUCUAUUAUCAUAUGCAUUUUUAGCAGAACAAAUGAUAUUGUGGCAACAGAGAAUAUAAUUAGUUGCGUGUUUAAAAGGUCCUCAUAAAAGUGAAACCCCCAUAUCACAUCAAAAUGAAAAUGUUAUGGCUUUCAUUUUUUUUACGUUAAUCUGUGAAGUUGUUUUCUUCCAGCCCCACUGUCACUGUCCUCAAAUUGCUUUUAGUUCUCCUUCAGUGCACAACCUAAUAGUUCUAAAUACAUCUUUCUUGCCUUCAAAUGUUAUCAGAGAUGUUGCAUAGGUUUUUUUUAAAAUUUUUUUAUUAUUAUUACUUUUGUAAGCUAUGUAUCAUUAGU